AAUAUUUAUUUAUCGAUCACAUUACAUAUCGGGUUGUAAUUAAAUGCGAUAACUCAACUCUGUCAUAUGCGAAGUCAGUCUUAAUCUAACACGCGAUAAGUGAAAAUGUGGCAUUUUUCUUUAAUAUUCCUCCCUGUACUAUUUUUUUAUUAUAAGCUGGCAUUAAAUAAGUUUUACUCGAAGGCUAUCCUAACCGGGAAGGUCAUUAUAAUAACAGGAACUAAUCGAGUCAGUUACGAGACGGCUUUGGACCUGGCAAAGAGGGGCGCCAGAGUUAUUUUAACGUCAAGCGACAAAGAUAAAGGGACUAAAUUAUUAAGAAAAAUCAUUAGAAAAUCAAAGAAUCAAAACGUAAGCUUUGAGUAUACAAAUUUCAACAGCUUAACAUCAGUGAGGAAGUUUGUCGAAGGAUUCAGAAACACACAACUAAAAUUAGAUGUUCUUGUGUUAAAUAAUGAAGUAAACGCGAGUGACAAAGACGUUGGAAUAUCACCACACGUUUCAAACUACUAUGGACAAUUUUUACUGACAAUCUUAUUGGUGCCGACAUUAAAGAAGUCAGCACCGAGCCGGGUUAUAGUGACGACCUCUUGUCUACAGAAAUUUGGAAAAAUAAAUAAUUUAAACGCCAAAGGAUUUCAAAGUUAUUUCAAUUCAAAAUUAUGUUACGGUUUAUUCAGUAGUGAACUAUCGCAGAGGUUGGACAGCUACGGAGUGUCAGCGAGGAGUGCUGGUAUAGGAAUACUUUAUGAGAUUUUCAAAGGCACAAUCUUUGAAAAGAUUUUCUCAAUGUACACUUCACAAAAUGUAAUACACUUGGCUGUCAGUGAUGAGGAAUUUGAGGAUGACUUUGAAAACAUUGAUAAGAGAGACAUUAUAGGAAAUUCAGCUGAAAAAUUAUGGGCAAUGUCCGAAGAGUGGGUAAAUUUGGAAUCGAGUGAAAAAAUUUAG